AUGGCCUGCCUGGGUCCCCUCCUCCCCACGGGCUCCCUCCUCCUCCUCCUGCUCCUCCUCAGCCCCGAGGCCCGGGGAGAAUAUGGCGUGGUCCGCGUCGUGUCAAAGAAGUGGAGCAAGGACUACUGUGUCUUGUACAGCUCUGACUACGUCAUCCUCCCCCGGGACCUGCGCCAUGCCCCACUCCUACCUCUGCAUGAUGGCACCAAGACACCAUGGUGUCCGGAUGAGGACGCUUUCCACCAGGCCCAGGACAGCUCCCCUAGACAGCAACCCCUCCACCAGACUACGACCAUGGUGACGCGUGGCAACUGCAGCUUCUAUGCCAAGGCCUGGCUGGCUCAGGGCCAAGGUGCCCAUGGGCUGCUCAUUGUGAGCCGGCCCAGCAAUCAGCAGUGUUCAGACACCAUCUCAAAGUCCCAGGACCCCAGCAAGCCCCGGCCUGCCCUCGCUAUCCCAGUGGCUGUGCUCCGCUACGCCGACAUGUUGGACAUCCUCAGCCACACUCACGGUGGCACCAAUAUCCGAGUAGCCUUGUACGCCCCCCUAGAGCCCAUUGUUGAUUAUAACAUGGUGGUUAUCUUCAUCCUGGCUGUGGGCACUGUGGCUGCAGGUGGCUACUGGGCUGGCUUGAUGGAGGCAGACCGGCUGCAGAGGCGCCAGGCCCGAGGAAGAGGGGGGCUUGGUGGUCACAGUCAACCACAAGCAGUGGCAGCUGAAAGGUUCCAGAGGGCCUGGGAAGAUGAAGAUGAUGAAGACACACCUGUGGACUUCACGCCAGCCAUGACGGGCGCCGUGGUCACCAUGUCCUGUUCCAUCAUGACUCUGCUAUACUUCUUCUAUGACUGCUUCGUCUACGUCAUGAUUGGGAUCUUCGGCCUGGGUGCCAGUACCGGCCUCUACAGCUGCCUGCUACCCAUAGUGCGCUACCUGCCUCUAUGGCAAUACCAUUGGGUCCUGCCUGGCCGCCAGACUUACAUAAAGUUGCCAUUGCUACUGCUGGCAGGCCUGUGUGCUAUGGUGACCCUCCUCUGGGUCAUCUACCGCAACGAGGACCAUUGGGCGUGGCUGCUGCAGGACACUUUGGGCGUCGCCUACUGCCUUUUUGUCCUGAGGCGGGUGCGGUUGCCCACGCUCAAGAACUGCACCUCGUUCCUGCUGGCCUUGCUGGCCUUCGAUGUCUUCUUCGUCUUUGUCACGCCUCUCUUCACCAAGACCGGUGAGAGUGUCAUGGUGGAAGUGGCAUCAGGCCCCGCAGAUUCUUCAAGCCGAGAGAAGUUGCCCAUGGUGCUCAAAGUGCCCCGGCUGAGCUUCUCGGCCUUGACGCUGUGUGACCAGCCCUUCUCCAUCCUCGGCUUUGGCGACAUCGUUGUCCCUGGCUUCCUGGUGGCUUACUGUCAUCGCUUUGAUGUGCAAAUCCGCUCUCCCCAGGUCUACUAUUUGACCUGUACAAUGGCCUAUGCCGUGGGCCUGCUGGCCACCUUCGUUGCCAUGGUCUUCAUGGAGAUGGGACAGCCUGCGCUGCUGUACUUAGUGUCCAGCACCCUGCUUACCAGUCUUGCUGUGGCUGCCUGCCGCCAAGAGCUCACCCUUUUCUGGACCGGCCAGGGCAGAGCUAAGCUACCUGCUGGGCCUGUGGCAGAGCCCUGCAUUGCCUCUACAGUGGCCUCCACGCUGAAGCUGGGUGGUGUGACAGAUUCCUGUACAACCAAUGGGUUUGAGGAGGCCAUUGGCGACAAGCCACUGGACUUAGACAGCAACCCUGGGGACGACAUGGCCGAGAUGGUCCCCCUAUCUGAGGACGAAGCCACAAGUCUAGAGAGCCACAGCGAGAGCUCUGAGGGUUGGAGUGAUGCCAACUUGGAUCCUGAUGAGCUACCCUCUAACCCCCCCAUGGCCCUGGAGGAGCUGAUGCCUCUGGCCGUGUUGGUCCCAAUGAUCCCAGCAAUGCCGACCCCCUCGGAGUUGGGUCACAUCCACACCCAGGCUCAGGUCCAUGAUGCCAACCUGCCCUGGAUGGGGCUGCACAGGAGAAAGGGCUUGAAGGUGAAGAAGAGCAUGUCCACGCAGGCUCCCCUCUGA